CGAAGCGUCACAAUACCUUAACAUAGGUUAUUUGAAAGCAUUGAAAGUACUUCACGAAAAGUAAAACACAAUUCAACGGCAGCAUCGCUGAACCGAUCGGUGGUUUCUGAUAGUAUUUCUGGUAAAAGAUGAAACUAUUUUGCGGAUGGAUCAUGGAUAUACGGCUGUUAGUUCUCCUGAUGCUGAUCGCAAUGAUCGAUCUCGUCAUCACGCUGAAGGACGUGCGCGUGAGCGUUCCGGUUGCCAUCCGGCGGGGCGAUAAUGCAAAUUUGAUCUGCCAUUACGACAUGGAGGGCGCCGAGCUGUACUCCGUCAAGUGGUACAAGGGCAAGCGGGAGUUUUUCCGCUACACGCCCAAGGAAAUUCCCGCCCUCAAAUCGUUCGCCGUCGCCGGCCUCACGGUGGAGCGCCCUCUAUCGAACGGAAGUCACCUCACGCUGGUCGGCGUGGAAUCGGGCGCUUCCGGGAAGUACAGCUGCGAGGUGUCGGCCGACCUGCCCUCGUUCGACACGAUGAUCGUUUCCAGCGAGAUGGAGGUCGUCGACACUCCCUCGACGAAGCCACUAAUUACCGGCAUCAAACCGUUCUACCGGAUAGGUGAUGUGGUGGCCGGCAACUGCACGUCCUACAACUCGAAGCCUGCCGCCAACCUGACCUGGCUGCUGGAUGACAAAAAGGUGAAUGCAUCGUACACCGUGCAGUACCCGGUCUACAGGGACCCUCGCAGUGGCCUCGACACGUCGACGUUAGGAAUAUUUUAUCACCUUUCGCACUACUUCAUGGGCCGCAGCAAGCUUAAGUUCAGCUGCGUGGCGAAAAUUCACGACGUGUACGAGCAGCGUGUCGAUCGGUGGGCGGAAGAUGAACGGCCAAAGUUGAUGAUGGCCUCGGCCGCUCCGGUCGGCCCGAAUCCCGUCAACUACGUCCACACGAGCUACGACCAGUCGUCGGCGUCUUCCUAUCACCAUCACGACGGCAGUGACUUUGACAAUCAGAACAGCGACGCCUACAUGACGCACAUACAAGGAGACAUGUCCUCUUCGGCAUCCAGCCUGGGUCGGCGCACGGUACGGAUCCCGGGUCGUUCAGCCUGCCGGCCGCUGGCGGUCGCCCUGCAAAUAGUGUUUUCCGUGCUGUCGGCGGUUGCCUUCACGAGCUUCGUCUCCCGCAAUGGCCAGUUAGUGGAGGCCCACCGUCGCCUACCAUCGCCGUUCGACCUUUCGGUGGCCAUCUGAAUUGACGGUCCGACCGACGGAGACGACCGGGCCUUUGCCACCCUUUCCGUGCGGUUGACGAGAGGUUUCCGUUUUCUGCUU